ACGUCGAUUAGGUUGUGACGACGCGUCAAGUCCCGCCUGAGUCGAGCCACGCGAGCCAACCGAGUUACUUCUUGAUGGUCCGGUGAAAUUUUUCAAAAGUUAGCAUUGUGUUUGCGUACACAUUUAGGUAUACGUAUGUGCCUACAUACGUAUAUAUGUGUAUGUAUCCAUGCGUACGGUACGCACAUAUAUACCCGUGGGUCCGCUCAUCUAAGUUAAUACACCACGCGACGCCGAGGACGCCGAUGCCUGGGACACCCGCGACGCCUUCCCCAACUCUACCGGAUAUCGCAAAUGUCACGAAACAACUAACUCCCGCUGGAAGACUCGCGGUUCCGGGACGUUCAGGAUUUAUACACCCCCCGGAAGAUACGGGGCAUGGAAUCCUUCGCCUAGUGGUUCCCUCGCUACCCGGUUUCAUGCUUAUCCUUAAUCUUUUCGCCUGGAUUGCGGUUUGGUUUUUACCCAAGAACUUUUGCAUCCUUUGCCGCGGUCUCGUGUCCCAAUUCGGCAUGGUACUGUCUGGAGCUUGGUUCGAGGUUGUCGCAUUUUUUGCCGUUCUAUUACUCGCCACGAGAUGCAGACCCACGUGGUGGUUUUCCACAGGAAGUUCAAUGCCAACGAGUCCCGUUUCGUCGCCGGAAGGGCUGAAACGACGCAAGACUCUGCGAGAUGUACCAGGACCAAUCGGCCUCCCUGUUCUCGGCACGAGAUGGAUAUACACGUUUCUCGGUAGUUAUCGCAUGAGCAAAAUACACGACGCGUACAAAGACCUGCAUCGCCGUUACGGAAGCGUAUGCAAGGAGGAGGCGCUAUGGAAUUGGCCUGUGGUUUCGGUAUUCGCGAAAAAGGACAUCGAGGCGAUUCUAAGACGAAGUUCUCGCUAUCCCCUCCGACCUCCGUCCGAAGUUAUUUCGUACUAUCGCCAAUCUAGACCGGAUCGGUACACGAAUCUUGGACUCGUAAACGAGCAGGGGGAAGUUUGGCACAAAUUACGGAGCGCUCUCACUCCGGAGUUAAUGAGUGCAACAACGGUCCUUGGCUUCCUUCCGGCGUUGAAUCAAGUCACCGAUGAAUUCGUUAAUCUUAUACGUCAGCAGAAGGAUACGAAGCACAACUGUGUCACGGGAUUUGAAGAACUCGCCUACAGGUUGGGUCUCGAAAGUACGUGUACCCUGAUUCUGGGACGACGUCUGGGAUUUCUUGAGCCAGAUACCGGAGCCUUGACAGCUAGGCUGGCUGACGCAGUUCGCAUUCACUUCCGGGCAUCGCGGGAUGCUUUUUACGGCCUCCCUUUGUGGAAGCUAGUCGCUACCAAAGCAUAUGCCGAGUUGGUUAGCAGCGAGGAUGCCAUUUACGACACGAUAUCGGAACUACUGGAUAACACAUCGUCGGAUCAGCUAGAUGACGCGAACGACGAUUCGGUCGAAGCUGUUUUCAAAUCCAUACUGCGUGACAAGAAUUUGGACAUGCGGGAUAAGAAAGCUGCGAUUGUAGAUUUUAUUGCCGCUGGUAUUCACACACUUGGUAACACUCUCGUCUUUCUUAUCGAUCUGAUCGGACGCCACAAAGAAGUACAGAGGUGUCUUCACGAGGAAGUAUCCGCCCUUGCACCACCCGGAUGUAGUCUUGCCGCGGAAGAUUUGCGCGACGCCAAGUAUCUGCGUGCUUGCAUUUUCGAGGCGUACAGAGUUCUACCAACAACACCGUGCAUAGCCCGCAUACUUGAAGAGCCUAUGGAAUUGGGAGGAUAUGAUAUCAAAUCUGGCACCGUAGUUCUGUGUCAGACGUGGAUCGCGGGUCUGGAAGAAGAGAAUUUCCGAGAUGCCGACAAAUUUAUGCCAGAACGAUGGCUCAAAACUGUUGUUCCUCAUUCGCCCCUUCUCGUUGCCCCGUUUGGAUCCGGUCGACGAAUAUGUCCUGGAAAGCGUUUCGUGGAUCAGGCUCUUCAAUUGAUACUAGCUCAGAUGGUUCGAGAAUUUAACAUUAGCGUUACCGAAGAUCUAGAAUUGCAGUUUGAAUUUAUAAUUGCACCGAAACCACCGGUGAAAAUUUGUUUUGAGGAUCGUUUGAUUGCGAAUUGAAUUAUUACUGAUGUAAUAAUUGAAUAAAGUUAUUUAUCUGUAUUACUCGUGGUUACAGAAGGCAGGAGGAUCAUGCAGAGGAUAACUAAUUGUACAUAUGCGAUAUGUGUAUUUUAGAUUAAUAUUUUUUCAAUUUUUAUCGAACAUUCGGUUUUCUGUUCGUGCUGUAGAUUCGUGUUACAUACGUAUUCAUAAAUAUUCUGUGCGUUCAAAUUACUGAUAGCGAUAUAUGUACGAUACAGGUAUAAUUUAAAUUCAACUCGAUUGAAUUAUAUAGAUCGAUAUGAUAAUGUAUUUUUUAAGGAAUCGCGAUACCGAGAUUUGUAUUUCUGUAUAAUUUAUACACAAAGGUGAGACCCGGCAUGUUUUGUUGCAAACGAAUACAAGAUCAUAUGUUUAAUUAUUGCAGCAUAUUACAUACUCACACAAUCUGCGAUUGAUAAUAUUCAAAGUAUGCUAUAUAUGACUGUAGUUUCCGACUCAUCGAGUGUAUUUUUGAACAAACUAUUUCACGAUAUAUGUAUACAUUAAAAUAAUGUUUUGUGGUAUUAGCGUACUAUCGGUUGUAAAUUUUGUUAUUUAUUUAACGUUGUUUGUGUAAUUCACUGACGAUAAUGUGUAGCAACUAUAGUUAUUGUUCUCAAUCGUUCGCGAAUAACCGUAUGAUUUAGCAUGUGAAGAAAUUAGCUAGUCGUACCUUGUUAAGUAUACAUGAUGGUCAGGAGUAUUUUAUGUCUGUUUUAUUUUCGUUCAUCAAUAAAUGAAAACGAAUUAAGUUUGAUCCUCAUACUUACGAUCUGUUUCUAUCAAUAUUACCAAUUUACAAGCUUCAAAAAUUCGAUUUAUAAAUACACCUCAACUAGAGUUGCGCUUGUAAUUAAAGCGUUAUUAUUUUCAUUGAGCCCUUUAAUCCACCAAACCAAACCACCAAAACCCCCAAACAUCUUUAUAAAUUAUCAUCGAUGCGUUUUGAAAAAAGUUCAUCCCGUUAGUGUCGUCUAAUGCAUAAGCAAUAAAUAGAAAAAAUUAUUAUAUAUAAAUUAGGUAGUCAGUUUGAUACACAGAAGACCCUGUCCACUAAAAAAAUUUUAGAUAGGCAUCAGGUAUUGUGGUUAAGACCAUGUAAAAAUAACUUAGGACAUCAGCAUAUCGAAAAUAUUUUUCGAUCGUCGGACCAAUGUUUCUGGUAUAAAUAUUGGUUUCUAAAUAAGGAUGUUAAGGUUGUGCCAUAUUAUAUUGGAAAAAUAAUAAGAAUGUAUGGUAUAUUUAUAUUUAUACGUCGUUAGUUGAUCUAACAUUGCAGUCGAUUGUAUAAAAAACAUAGGUAUAAUGUGUCUGCGAUGACUCUGUUUAUACAUGAUUUGGUAAAGACAAAAAAACCAGAGAAGAACGAAGAAGAAUAAAACACUUCCGUUUAGAAAUUCGAGCUUCGUAUUAUGAAAUGACAUCAGUACCUAAUAAUAAAACCUGAGGGUAUAAUAAGAAUGGGCUCAUGUAACAGCACUUGCUGUUAAUCAAGAAAUAAGUAUUUCUUUCGGUUCUAACGCAGUGCAGUUUAUUUUAUUAUGCAAUAUUGUUACUCAAAACUAUAUCUAAUAUUAUGCAUAUUAAUGAUAUUUGAAAGUUGCCUCAUGUAUAAUGUGAAAAUCACUUGAACGUAUAAUCAAUUAUAAUAUUGCACUUUUCAAUGUAUCGUCAGACGUUUUUUGGCACGAUUUUAAAUGAAUAUAUUUUAAUAUUUUUGUGUCAAUUCAUAAGCUGCCUAUACAAGCUGCAGAGAAUAACAUUUUUAUCGAAAAAUCCACCCGCAUGGGCAACAUUUUACACGGUUAAAAAUAACAGUUUCAGGAAAGUACACCAACAUAAAUUUCUUAGUAAAUAUUGGGUACCCUAUGUGACUUGUAGGAGACACAAUUUAUCAAGUUACAGUUUUUUUCUUUUCACACGAUAACUAAUGAAUAAAGCAUGCGUAUCGAAGCAAGCUGACAGU